AUUUUGAAGAACGGUCAAGUGAAAGCUUCUGCAUUCACAAAUAUUGCUGCUAUUAUAAUCAUUAUUAUAAAAAUAAAGCUUUUUAACCUAUAACCUAUACAUGCAAAAUUCUUGAUAAUUGUAUACGCUUAUUCUCAAAGGGGAAUUGCUGCUAAAGUUCGUGGCCAUCAGAUAGAUUGAUUGAUUCCUCUAUUAAAAUGCGAGUAUAUGCACUAGCAAGACCGUAAGUUAUAUUUUAGUUAUAGUUUACAACUUUUAAGAUGUCAUCUAAGAAAAAUAAAAAUUUACAUAAAAUGGAAGAAGAGGUUAGUGACGAUGACACGGAAUCAAGCGGUGCGAGUGAAGACGAUGAUCUUGCUUACGCAGGCAACGAGCAAGUUCAAAUAGACUUUGAGGGCCGAGCGCCAACGGAUCCCGAUUCUCACGGUAUUUGUCAACUCCUGCAACGAGUCUUUUUAAAAGCUCAUGUCAAUUGCAUGCUUUUGGCGGAAUUAAUUAUAGCUCAAAAUUUCGUCGGCAGUGUUAUAAGUCAAUGUGAAUCGGAUGGAAUUGAAAGUGAUGUGGACGAUGAUAUGUGUGAUGAUAGUACUAUAUUUGGCAUAACUACGGUAUUGAAUAUUACCGCAAAAAAAGAUACACCCUGCGUAGACCAAUUGCGUGCAUUUAUUAUCAAAAAGGCGGAAAAACACGCCACUGACGCUGUUGUAAAACAUUUCCGGGAUAUUUUUGGAGAUGAAACCCGCUCGAUAGGUUAUUUGAUUAAUGAACGUUUUAUUAAUAUACCGACAGAAAUUUCGGUGCCACUACUUGAGAAUCUUGAAAGAGAAAUUGUUAAAGCCCACCAAAAAGGCAUGAAAUUUGAUUUUGUUUAUUAUUUAAUGUUUAUAAAGUUAUAUCGCAAAGAAAGCAAAAAGGGCAAACCCCAUCAGGAUUUCUACACUAAUGCUGAAGAAGAACUUCUGGUGGAGAAAGCUAUAAAUUCAUUUGAGUAUUCCGUUGUCGAUGAAUCUGAUAUGGGCAUGGGUGGCGAUUGGUUAAAAGCCGAUGGCAAUCUGAUACCUUACCGUAAGAUUAUAUUGUUUGAUGCUAAACAAUUACCCGAUUUAAUUAUUGAUAUUCGAAAACAAGUUAAAGGAGAGUGAAGUUCUCAUAGCUAAAGGUGGUAAUUUCUUUGAUUAAAAUCAUAAUUACGAUCACAAGGUUUUCUGAUGGAUGGCUCGUUGUACAUUUAUUUAUUUUCGGAGUCGAAAUUCCGGGGUGUGAUUUCUAAGUUAUUGAAAUGAAAAGCUAAUUCGUCGAUCAUAUUCAAAUAUUGCUCAAUGAUGAGUAAAAUUCAUAUGUAAUGCUCCUUGCAUCCAAUUAUUUGGGGAUGGUGCGAUAUACGUUUCAAGGAUGAUUGGAUAAUGAUUUCAAAUUGGAAGAUGUAGAAAAUUAUAAAACAUUAACAGUUUUUCACGUAUACGUUAAGUUCUCUACGUCGUUCAAUUGAACUAAAUAAAAUUCAGAUAAAAAACAUAACAUCCAUAAACAAAUUAACCUAAAAAAUAUUUG